UUGAAUUAAUCAGUAGCUUUGAAACAGGCUGCCAAUGUGCUGAAAGCGGCAGUGUGGUAAAAAACAGCGAUCGUAAAAAAUCGAGAGUCUGUUUUUCGCGAGUCUCCCGAAGAGUGUUUGUGAUAAGAAAAUUCAAGUGAAAUGUCCAUAAAAUUCAGCCAAGCCAUUGAUUUCAUCAACAAGGCCCAGAAGUCUGAUGAGAGGCAGAAUUUCAGGGAGGCAAUAGUUCUAUAUGAAUCAGGAGUUCGUCACCUUCUGGAUGCUCUUGAGCAUGAGAUUAAAGGUGAAACUGCGCGGGAGGCAAUUACUCAGAAGUGCCUCUUGUACAGGGAGCGAGCUGAAGAAUUGCGCCAGAAUAUUGGCGAAAGUGAAAGUGGCCGCAUAGCUCAAACGACUGUGUGACUUGAGAACACGCCCCCGGACUCAAAAUCACUUCUUGACACGCUAUAACACUUGCUAAUAUUUACUGAAAAUGUAUAAAAUUGCUCUGUUUUGUAUUUGUUUUGGAAGAAAAAGAAAAGUUUUGAUAACG